CAUUGGUCGUUUCGGCUGCAGGCGGGAGAGGUUCAUACCGCUGAGAUGACUUUAACAUUGGAGCUCCGUGUCCGUCAUUAUCGCCUUCAGUAGCGACAAACAACCGGGUUAAGCCUCAAAAUGAGAAGAGCAACAGAGAACCAAAGGAAGCCCCAAACACUUUCAGAAUACUUUCCUCCGAGGAACAAAGUGAAGGACCUCGGAUUCCAGCAGUCCCGACCCCAUUUCAGACCUUUUCUCCCGGAGACUCCAAUGAAACCCUCUCAGCUCCCUAACCGGCUUUCUCACCCACCUCCCAGGAGAAUGUUGCCACUUCAAAGCCCUGAGCUGUGCCACAGGGACAGACUAGGUCCACCACAGCAUCCGUUUCCACCACCGCACCUAAUUCAUCCUGCGGGACCAAUCCAUUCUCCAGGGUUUGUUCCAAGCAACCCAACUCACAUUGGUUCCCCAGUGAAUGGGUCCCAUCCCAUGGCAGGGGUCAGACUGGCUCCUCUUCAGCACCAGAACCAUCAACCUCCAGGGUCUCUCUGCUCGUCGAGGUCUACUCCAGUCAGCCCAACUAACAGUGGUACUACAGCUAUUAGGCCACAGCCUCAGCCUCAGCCUCAGCCUCAGCCUCCGCCUCCGCCUCCCGGUAUCUUUCAUCCUGCAUCUCCACAAUUCAUGAAGGAUUUAAGCAACCACUCCCCGUCAUCCCACAUCAGGGGAGAUCAAGGGACUGAAUCCAAGGUCACUAUGUCUUACUCAGGAAGCAAAAAUGUAAUGCCACAAAGACAAGCUCCAAGCAAGGAUCAAUCCAGUGAUGUGAGCAGUUCCAUACAUACUAUCCAGCUCCACAGGCCCCCAAUAACCCAAUCAUUUUACACCAGAGGUGUGCAAGAAGGUCACCCACUGCCCCUCUCAGACGCAGAGCAUUGGAUCACGGGGAACAACCAGUGGUCCUCAUGGGGCUACCAGCCUUCUCCCAUUACCCCGUCUGCUGACAGGAGUAGUGGUUCCAGUGUACCCGCCAUGCACAACCCUGUAGUCCCUUGCCAGGACCAACAACAUAAACAUACACCCUCAAGUGAAAACUUAAUUCCAGCAGUGGAUUUGAAUUACACAUCUCAGAAGAGGCAACGGGAGAUUGAGGACCACGACGACAAUCCCAAGAAACUGUGUCUUUCCGAUACGAACUCUGGCAAAGCACAGUCACCAAAACCCACGGUUGGCAACUCACUCAGCCCGUCGCAGCAGUCUCAGCCGUCAGCGAGACAUCCUUCGGUCUUGGAACAGUUACCCAAAACCACAAAUAGCCUUCUGUGCACAGAACCAGCAUGCGGCCAAUCAACAUGCUCGGAACUCCCAUCCACAUAUACACCCACCCAGUCGUCCUGUGCAUCACCGUCAUUCAAACCUUGUGUAAAGAAUAGACCACCGAUGGGAGCAAAGCAAGCCUAUAUAAAUUCCAGCCAGAAUCAAAUUUUGAAGUUAAUAGAGUUAAGAUCACCUUCAAAAAAUACAGGUGAAGAAAGUUUAAAGAAAAGAAGCAAAGAAAACGAUAAACGGGACAAACCAAGCUCUUUGUUCUCCUCUGAGCUGCCCCAGAAGGACACAGGUAGCUCACCUUAUGUCCAGUCAGGCAGCCACCACUCUGGUCAUACUCAGCAAAGUACCUCAGACUUACCAGUCAAGACCUUGAGCAGAGGUGAUCCGAUGGAGGAGAGCAGAAAAACGGACAGUAGCACUCCCAAGCCAUCCCCAAAAGCAAAUUCUGCUUCUCUGAGUUGUCGCUUGGUAGAACGGAAUAAAACUGCCCGUCCACGAAAACCUGUUGCAGUCCCGAAUGACAUAGAUGAGCUUUUCACGCCUGAUCCCAUGACCUAUGUAGUCAGCUCCGGCCAUAAGACUGCAAAGCCCAAGAUGCUUGGGAUCAAGUCCCCCACCUCAGAGAAAAGCUGCUCAUCCAGCACUGUGACCAGCUCCAGUGCUCCAGUUUAUGAAUCCUCUUGUCACACAACGACUUCCCCUCAUGCAGUAGACUCCAAAGUCUCUUCCUUGUCAUCAGCACAUCACGCACAAGUCACCUUGCCAACUGUUGCUUUAGAGCGGGUAAAACUUGAAAACUUCAAAUCCAUUUGCUCAAAAGACGGUGAAUUCAAACACAGCUCCAUCACUUCUUCAGGCAGGCGGCGAGAGAGUUUUGAUUGUUCUCAUUCUCCACUGCCGGAGAGGCGGACAAGUGAAGGGCCUGGAAAGCCGGUUAUUGAAGAGGAUCCUAUAGAUGUGGAACUGGACCUGGGCCUGAGCUUUGCGUUAGAUUUGGAUCUAACCCAGAGCUCCCAAAGCAGUGAGGAGGAGCAGCUUCUUUCCUUGCAGGAGAUGAUGGAUCGUGUUACCAAGCCUCCAGCUACACCAGAGAAGAUAGCCUUCUCCGAGCCUAGUACACCUGGACAUCACAGCAGCCAGUCAAAAACGCAGCCAUUGCCAACCACAAAGUCAGGCAUCUAUAAAAACAAUCUUGACCAGAUGCUGAAGGAAAUUAACACCAAUAAAAGGGCGAAAGAGAUUGAGACACAACUUCUAACUGCGUGUAAAGAGGACCUUUUGAGAAUAGCUGAAUAUGAGGAGGCUGAGGAGAACCGGGAGGAGGGCGUCUCCACUGAACAACAGGAAUUCCUGCAACGCUACUCUUUGAUGUCCAACGCCAUCAGAGAAGUGCCUCCUGGAGAAGCAGUGUUCAACCUGGAGAAAUUUGGCCAGAUCUUCAACCAAGAUACGCUGCAGCUCAGGCGAUGCAUGGUCAAUCCACAGGGGACAGCGCAGAAAACGCUUCUUUGGUCCAGCCCUGCUCAACUGAGACUGCAUGUUAAUAUUGGAUUGUUCCAGGAAGCUUACGACUGUCGCACGCCCUGUCCAGCUCAGGUUACCCGUUUCCUAUUCAAGAUGAUGUCAGUCCAUAGUGAGAGACUGGUAUCCGAAAAGAUACUACAGGCUCUCUGUGACAUUGCCUGCACUUCUGCUUAUCAGAUAGUGAAAAAUGGAAACCAGCAUUUUAAAGUGUGGGUGCCGAGUCUGGCCGAUGUGGCGCUGGUUGUGAUGAAUAUGGGAGUUGCGUUUAUUACUCUCUUCCCUUUUGAGAACCUGCAGCCUCCAUUCAACGAGGGAGAUUUGCUGGAGGACAUUUUUAUCAAAAGUGAGAGUCCCUCGAGUAACAAGGAACAGAACACUUUCCCUGAACACAACUGCAACAACAUCUUGAAGUACCUGUCAUACUGCAUGGGCCUCUGUCCACGAGUGUACAGUGACGAUGAGCUGCUGUUGCUGCUGACUAUGGUGGGAAAGGUGGGCCUGGACACAAGGCUCAUCCUCCAGUCUAGUGUGGAACUGUACCCUCUACAGUACAAAAUUGUCAACAACUUCAGGGACUGGAACACCAUGCUGCCAAGAAUCUGUCUGGCCCUUACUGAUCUGACAGAUGACCACCACAACAUGUGCCUGCUAGUUCAACUGCUGCCUGACAACACACGCGGAAAGCAACUGCGUCGACAUCUGAGCCUGUCCAUGAUCUCCAAACUGUUGGACGGAAAUUGUACUUACAGACCUACAGAAAAGGAGUUUCAGCUCUCUGAACUGAGGCCCUACCUGCCCCGUAUGCAACCCUCUACCAUUCUCCGAGGCAUGAUGAGCUCCUUCAGCAGGAGUCAGAAAGAUAAAGAAGAGGACACCCUCGACCAACAGUCUUACUACCUCUGCUAUAGCCUUCUGACCUUGGCAAAUGAAGCUUCCAAUUUUCAGUUCUUCCCAGCUCAUCAAAAGAAACAGCUGCUGUCGCUGUGCUCUGAGCUGGAAACGCAUGUUAAGUGUGACAUCAGAGAGAGUGAGAAAUGUCUUUAUCGGAGCAAGGUUAAGGACCUGGUGGCCAGGAUCUACACCAAGUGGCAGAUGCUCCUUCAGAGGACCCGGCCUCUCCAUGGUAAGCUGUACGAUUAUUGGCAGCCUGUUGAUACGUUGACAAGCAGCCAAGAAGAGCAGGAGAUGGACAACAGUGAUGAUGGAGAGGGGCCCGUGAUGGAGGAGGAUGAAGACGAGGGAACCUUUGAAACCGAAGAGGAUUUAACGAUCGCUGAGGAGGAGGAGGUGAGGGAAGAGGGAGACGAUACAAUGGAUUACACAAACGAGAAGGGUGACGACGUGAAAACAGAAGAAAAGGUGGAAGACGAUACAACGGAUGAAACAAACAAGACAGGGGACAACGUGAAGCCAGAAGACAUGGAGGCAGACAAUGCAAUGGAUGACACAAACGAGACGGGGGACAACAUGAAGCCAGAAGAAAUGGAGGCAGACCAUGCAAUGGAUGACACCCACCGGGAGUUGAACCUACAGAUGGAGCCUAAAGCACAUGAGCAAAUAGAAGCUGGAAACAUGAAGCUUACUGAGGUGGAGACUGAGAAUCUGGUUGAUACAAGAGAAACUUCUAACCAGAACCAGGUUGCAGCAGGUGAUUUAGUGUCAUAGAGAUUUAAUUUUUUUAUCAUCAGCUUGCCUUAAUGUAAAGUUCAAUUUGCACUAUCUCUAUCCCUAACCCCCAUUGUUAAUACAAAUACUAAUUGUAUAUUUAUGAAUAAAACCAUUUAAGGAAAGAACAGAAAGUAAAUUUUUGGUUAGUGUUGCACAAGAAAGAAAAUGUUGUUUUAUUAUAUCACUGUUGUUUUUUUAUAUUACGUGAUACAAUCUUAUGUAAAUGACUUCUCGCUGCGCCUCUGUUUUCACUUCUUUAGUCGUCUGCAAUGUGUGAAAAUGUGGGUAUUUCUGUUAUGUAUAUAAUACUGCAGUUAAGUGCCCACAACAACCUGUGUUUGAUUGCAAGGAUUUUUCCUUUACCUCUUUGUUGUCUUUUAGCUGUGUUCAUUUGUUGAAUCUAAAUAAUUUCUUGCUGGGUAACUGAAGCGCUCAUGUACCUUAUGUAUGACUUUCUGCUGCAAAACAGUCUUAAGUUGAAACAUGUGAUACAAUGUUGGAAACCUACUUGACUAUGCAACAGGUUUACUGUAAGUUAUCAGUUUAGAAACCAAGCUUGUUAUGGGGUUUCUCAGCCAUUAUGUUUUGUUGUUUUACCUACAAUAGAACCUGCAGCAGGCCUUUUAUCCACAGCAGUCUGUUUAUUGUAGGGAAGGCAAAGGCAUUACCAACAACAAUGGCUCUGUUCUUCUCAAAUGUCCCAGUAAGGAGUGACAGUGUGACUGAAACUGAAGGACCUAAAUGGAAUUCAGCUAUAAUUCAUUUUAAUAUUUACACCUGUUUUUUUUUUUUUUUUUUUCUUACUGUGAUCUAUCAAAAAAGUCAGGAAAAACCUUUUAAAUUAACUGUAAAUAAUUUCUAGAUACACAUUAUCUUGUUUGUUGAGUUAUUGUUGUAGUUUCACUGUUUUGUUGGAUGUGUGCACUUUGUGAAAAUCCCCUUUUGGGAACCUAUUUUUCUAAUGAUUAAUUCUUUUUUUAAAGCUGUUG